ACACUAGAUGGCGAUAACUAACUUUUUACGCCAAUGGACGUGUUAAAUACUAGACGAGUGAACAAAAAGCAUGGCGUCCUCGUACUAUCAAGCGAUGCAGGACAAUUUCAAGAAUAAUAAUAAAAGCAGAGAGUUCCCGGCUCACAGCGCUAAAGUGCAUUCGGUAGCCUGGAGCUGUGAUGGGAGGCGACUGGCAUCCGGAUCAUUUGAUAAAACCGCGAGCGUGUUUGUCCUGGAAAAAGAUCGACUGGUAAAAGAAAACAACUACAAAGGUCAUGGAGAUAGUGUGGAUCAGCUGUGCUGGCAUCCCACAAGCCCUGAUCUGUUUGUCACUGCAUCAGGAGACAAGACCAUCCGUAUCUGGGAUGUACGGACCACCAAAUGCAUGGCCACAGUGAGCACGAAAGGGGAGAAUAUAAACAUAUGCUGGAGUCCCGAUGGUCAAACCAUUGCUGUCGGAAACAAGGAUGAUGUUGUAACUUUUAUUGACGCCAAGACACACCGUGCACGUGGUGAAGAGCAGUUUAAGUUCGAGGUCAAUGAGAUUUCCUGGAAUAAUGACAAUGAUAUGUUCUUCUUAACAAAUGGCAAUGGCUGCAUCAACAUAUUGAGUUACCCCGAACUCAAGCUCAUUCAGUCAAUCAAUGCCCAUCCGUCCAACUGUAUCUGCAUAAAGUUUGAUCCCACGGGGAAGUAUUUUGCCACAGGAAGUGCAGAUGCUCUGGUCAGUCUGUGGGAUGUGCAAGAGCUGGUGUGUGUUCGCUGCUUCUCAAGACUCGACUGGCCUGUGCGUACGCUCAGUUUCAGUCAUGAUGGUAAAAUGUUGGCAUCAGCCUCCGAAGAUCAUUUUAUUGACAUCGCUGAAGUCGAGACGGGUGAGAAGUUGUGGGAGGUUCAGUGCGAGUCGCCGACCUUCACUGUAGCGUGGCAUCCGAAGAGACCACUGCUGGCAUAUGCCUGUGACGAUAAAGAAGGCAAAUAUGACAGCAACAGAGAGGCAGGGACUGUCAAACUAUUUGGCCUUCCUAAUGACUCCUGAGGACCAGUGUUACGAUGCGGUGUUUUAGUUAGUCUAUACUUUACCUGUUUAAGUUUAUAUAUGCCUCUUUUGGAGGAUAAAUGGAUAGUUCGACUUCAACUAGUGUGAUUAGAUUUCUUAAUAAGUAUGAAUUCAGUGUUGUAUAUAGUUGAAAUAUAUUUUGACCAACAGAUAGUAAACUUAAACAUGUCAACAUUCAAGUUCAGCUCAUAUGAGAUGUUUGUAUUAGACAUUGUGAUACAAAUUAAAAUGACAAAUUCCUGAAUACUUCCUGACGUCUAAUUCAGUAAGCAAGUGUGAAUCACCACAGACUGCAGCUAAUUUUGUGAGCAAAAGGAUUUGUUAUUUAUACCAUAAACAUUAUAAGUUUUAAUAUUGGAUUAAUUCAGGUCCAGUUAAAAGUUUAAAAUGAGAAUUUUGUUAUUUUGUGAUUGUCUCUUGCCUUAUUAAGAGUGAAAAAAAAUAUUUUUGGAUCUCUAGGAUUGCUUGGAAUUUCAAUUGAGUCAUUUUUCAGAAAUGACCAACAGAGGGCAGCAGAAGCUUUUCUCAAAUGAGCAUGACAUUAGUAUGAAUUAAUACAGGAAUUACUGUAUAUUUUUAAGAACUAAACUUUUUGUACCGUAUUUUAUUAAAUUGUUUUUUUAAACCACAA